CUACUUUCAGCGGGUUUUCUAAUAGUCUAGGUCGUUUGCAGUUUCUGGCGCUACCUGGGAUACAAUGACAGGGAUUAGGACCGUAAUUUUUGUUUCGCUUGCAGGAUCAGUUUCAUUCACAUUCUUACUGUUAGCCUGUGCGUUACCACAGUACAAUGUUUGGUGGCCACUAUUCAUGCUGAUAUUUUACAUACUAGCACCAGUUCCAUUGCUGGUCGCUAAAAAUUUCCAGGAAAGCUCUUCAUUGGGGGAUGUGAGUGUUUUUCUGACCACAAUCGUGAUAGUAUCCGCAUAUGCACUGCCUAUACUGUUUGCUCGAGCACCUAAAGAAAAUCCCCUCAUAUUGUGGGGUGCUUGUGGACUUACGUUAUCAGCCAACACGCUUAUGUUUGCAACCAUCUUCUUUCUGGUUUAUCUGGUGGUCAAGUCUGAUGAUUUCGAUAGUGGAUUUUAAUUUCGAAUAGUAAAUCUCUCCCUAAUUUUGACUGAAUUUUAAUGUAGCACUUGUGUAUUCUAAGGAAGCACUUGUUGCUAAAUUCGCGUCAUAUAAGAUGUUAUUUUGCUUUCUUCUUAUGUAUAUUUUUCAUUUUAAUAAAUCCCCAAAAAGAUAAACUUUUUUGUUUAAGGACAUUUUAGAAAGUUAUCUCCCGAAGGCAACAUACUUUCUCUGUCUCACUUUAACUUCUGGCUUUGAUUUAUAUAUGCGAUGAGACGUUGAUAAACUAAUAAUUUUAAUCUUUUGAGUUAUCUGGAUUCUGUUGGAUCGGAAGAUGCUAACUAAACAGGACAGUCGUUUGUUUAGAGGCACCACUAUCUUAUACUGGUCUGACUUUGUAUAUGGAGCUUUCCAUGAAUUUUUUCUGCAACGAUCAGUUUUGUUAUGCAAUUAGAUAGGUGUUUCUAAGUUUGAUUUCGCUCCCACUGUUUUACAAAACUGCGAAGUGGGCGAGACUCGAAUUUAGCGACGACCUUUGAACGAAUCUUAAAUGACCUUGACAAUUAUUAGCCAGUCAGAAGACAGUUAGUAUAAAGUGAAAAUAUAUUAUAAGUAAGUAAUGAAUUACAGUGGAUGUUCUUCUUUUACAUGAUUUAAAAACUUGUUAAGGUUUGAUAAAGGUUCAGAGGUUCUGAAUUCAUAAUGCAUAUGGUAUAAAAGCUCGUCCAUAGGGUUAGGGUGUUAACAUGCGAUCAGUUUACAACGGAUUUUAGAGGUUAGGGUUGUAGCCUCUCAAUAAACACCUCUUCUCUAAAAUCCGAUGUAAACCGAUCUCAUGUUAGCACUCUAACCCUAUGGACGAGUUUCUAUACCGUAUGCAUUAUGAAUUCAGAACUUCUGAGCCUUUAUCAAACCUUAACAAGUUUUUAAGUCAUGUAAAAGAAGAAUAUCUACUGUAGUUCAUUACUUUCUUGUAAUAUAUUUUUACCUUAUACAGCCUUCCGAUUGGCUAAUAAUUGAAAUUGCUCAAACGCUUCUCAUUGGCUCUUCCUUAAAUUAGAGUCUCGCCGCAAGAUGUUAGAUAUAUUUUUGGAGGAAUUCAGCUCAGAUAACUCGAUGAUUUCCCACGUGGUUGCUGUGUACUGUUUAGCUCUGAUGUAAUAAGGCUGUUGAGGUGAAUUAUGUCACCUGAAGAUAUGCAGAUUAUCCCAACCAAUUUUAUCGAAUAUACACAGUUCAUUCAAGUAGUUUACGUUUGCAGGAUGCAGUGAUUUUACAUACUGUAUUUCCACCAAACACUUAAAAUACUUAAAGCAUGUUAAACUUUACACAGGUGAAAAUGUCAUACAUUUGAUUAAGGUGGUAUAUGUGUAUCGUUAACGGAGUAGCUUACAUAUAGAAGCUUGCAUUUUCCUAUCAAACAAGUAUAAAACUAACGUAGUGCCAUACACCAUGUCUAGAGAAUGGAGGUUAACAGCUCUGCUUAUCCGCCCAAGUCGUUGCUGGUGGAUCAGCGCCGGAAUCUGUGGUCAAGCAUUCAAAUAGCUCAUCCACUCCUUGAGUUUAUCUUUCAUUUAAAUAGAUAUAUGCGAAAUAGCUCCAAGCUUUCGUGCAAGACGGAUUCUAUUUUUGAAAUUCCGAAUGAGUUUCGAGGGUUUUCGUCUCACAAUUACAACUAUCAGUUGAUUGGCUAGCAUUGGUACACCCGAAGGUUUAUGAGCUAGGCUUUCUGGAAACAGAAGUAUUCCCUUUGAUCUUGAAAGCAAUAGCGUUAAUGGAAAACUUAUUGAUCGUCUAAAUUUUACUCAUCUGAACUGGAUUUCCGCCUUAUGAUUAAAAUCUAUCAGUGCCUAAAAAACUAUGGUGAAACAGAUGAUAUUCAUAUCAGAAAACAAGUAAAACUAAAGUAGCGAAACUUAGUCCAUGAUGAAACAAUAACUGAACACUACACACCAUAGGUUUUACUCAAUGAACUCGAAAAUUCAUACUGUAUGCAACUGAGAAACCUCUGCAUCCAUAAGCCACCAAGUUCCAUUUUGGAUUAAUUUUCUGAAAUAUCUGGUAAUAAUCCAAGCGGAAUUAGCUAAAGCUUUAUGGAUAGAGCUAUCAAUUUACCGUCCCUAUGUAUCCAUGUAAGGUGAGACUUGAAAACGAAAUAUAGAAAUUGUGUAAGUAGGUCCUGACAGGAAAUAAUGUAAUCCGACACCAACAUUUCAGCCUAUUUACUGGUUGGGGACGUUUGCUGACAAUAGGAAACAACCAGCCAUAGUGGAGUUCACUUUUUAAUUUUUCUAUCAACCACGAGUUUCGUGUUAUUCAUACUUGUCAUUUCCCUGUCCUAUUUAUUAUCUGCAAACUAUACUCCUUAUAUUUAGAUCUCUACUUCACUUGAAAUUAACUCCUCUAUUAAUUUCUAUCUAGUUAGUUUAAAUUUGCUGAUAUGAGGUGAGCUAACUUAAACUAAAACAUAUUACUAUUUCUGAUGUUGUCUGUGACCGGCUGUUUCACUGGAGCAUCCUUUCUAAUCACUUCAUAUAUUAAGUCAUUGAGUUCAAAGUAGAAAGGUCUAAACUUAGACAGAUACAAACAAAUCUAGGUUAUUUUUGGAAGUUAGUGUUUCUUAUCAUAUCCCUCUGAUUUAUGCUGUACACAGUCCUAUGUAGUUUUGGUGGUGGUUGUGCAACAACAUUGGAAAAGCUUUGUAGAAUUGUAUUUAACAAUGAUAAAUUAUAGUUAUUUCAUACUUUCCGAUUGUUAGCAAGUGUAAGUAUCCCUCAGAUAUUAUAAAUGAUUUUUGUUAAUAGACUUUUUGAC